AUGCCGGGCCUUUUGCGGAAACUGAUUAUUGUCGCCGCGGUCGAUGGGCUGAUUCUGCACGGGAAUGGCGCCAACGGACUGCGGCCUAAUCAUAACGGGAGCAACAAUGAGGCGUCUUCGAUCCGAAUCGAUUACAAGACGAACAAGAUUACCGCGUUGCCCGCCUCGUCGGAGUCACUGGAGGGGCAGGACGUGCUAGAGGCAUACGGACUUGUUGGACUUUUAUCUGUCGCAUCCUACUCAUUCCUGAUUUCAAUCACUCAGCGCCAGCAGGUCGCCCAAAUCCAAGGCCGCCCUGUUUACGCCGUGACCAAUGUCGCGAUCAUCCCUCUCUCCUCCAAAGCAGACGCUACACGCGCGAUUGCCCAGGCCCGGAAAGAGGUUUCACAGGGCGAUCCAGAUCUCGACUCUCCUUCCGAAGAGGAGGUGGUAGAUAACGUGAAUGACGGGGCAGAGCCGGAAAUCAGCAGCGCACCAUCCUCGCCCGUUCGUGAAACAGUCCACACCCGCGGGCUCAGUGUUGGUAGUAUCGCCGAGGAUGUGAUUGGGAAGCGCCUGCGUUUCGGUCGAUUUGCUGCCAAUUGGCUGUCGCGCAAGAACCUGGGCCUUCCCCGGCCCGGUGCGCUAGAGCAGGAGGUUCCAGAAUCGCCUUUUGACGAUUCACCCCGGAUGUCGGUUGAUAUACCUGAAGUUGAAGACAAGGCCGCUGAGGCUGCCGAGGCGGCAGUUCCUCGAGAGGCUGAAAUUGAGGCUGAGGCUGCUGCCCAGGGUGAUGUUGGUCGUUCAAGCUCUGAUCAGUCGGCGGAGCUACUGCCGAAGCUCAUUCGAUAUACCAAGCUUCUUUUUGCGUCGCAUAAUUUCUUCUUUGCAUACGAUUAUGAUUUGACGAGGUCAUUCGAGGCGCAGGAGGUGCGGAACGGGCACCAGCCUCUUCACAAGGCGGUAGAUCCAUUGUAUUUCUGGAACAAGUAUCUCAUGAAUACAUUCAUUGAUAAUGGUGCGCACGGAUUUGUCCUGCCCCUGCUACAGGGCUUCGUUGGACAGCGCGAGUUUACGGUGGCGGCUCCUGAGCAAAAGCCGUCGUCGGCUGAACCUACGGGGGAGCAACAUGUUGAAGGUCGAAUUCUUGGCGAGAGCGAAGAAACUCAAACUCAGGAGACUAAAGUGCCCAAGCAUAAUUUCCUUCUGACUCUUAUCUCGCGACGGUCUGUUAAUCGACCUGGUGUUCGAUACCUCCGCCGUGGAGUGGAUGAUGAAGGUAAUACGGCAAAUACCGUCGAGACGGAGCAGAUUUUCUCGGUGCCGAGCUGGGACUCAUCUCAAAAUGUCUACUCCUACUUGCAAGUGCGAGGGUCAAUCCCCUUGUACUUCUCGCAGUCGCCUUAUUCGUUCAAGCCCAUGCCGAUACUGCAUCACUCCGCUGAAACCAACCAACUUGCCUUUGGCAGACACUUCCGAGAAUUAAGCCGCCGAUAUGGCAAGAUUCAGGCCGUCUCUUUAAUCGACAAGCAUGCUGGAGAGUUGAAGCUAGGAGAGCAAUAUGACCGAUACACUGAUGUGUUCAAUGAAGCGGGUGGCAUCGAUGGGGCACCACUGAAGUUGGAGUGGUUUGAUUUCCAUAACGAAUGUCGCGGAAUGAAGUUUGAAAACGUCUCACGCUUGGUUGAUCGUGUCAAGUAUACGUUGGAAGAUUUCGGAUAUACAGCCGUCAAGGAUGGUUCUACUUCACGCAAGCAAACUGGCAUUGUACGAACCAACUGCAUGGACUGUCUUGACCGGACCGGUGUUGCGCAAUGCGCUUUUGGGCAAUGGGCACUCGAACAGCAGCUUCACAAUGAGGGCAUCCACAUCGACUUGGGCGGAGACUCAUCUACUCAGUGGUUCAAUACUCUCUGGGCUGAUAAUGGUGAUGCCAUUUCUAAGCAAUACUCGUCUACAGCAGCUUUGAAGGGUGACUAUACUCGCACGAGGAAACGUGACUACCGCGGCGCUCUGAACGACUUUGGCCUCACGCUUUCGCGGUACUACAACAACAUUGUCAACGAUUAUUUCUCACAAGCCUGUAUCGACUACCUGCUUGGCAAUGUGUCAACCCAGGUCUUUGACGAGUUUGCCAUGGAGCUUCAAACCACCGACCCGGGCAUCUCCGUUGAAAAGAUCCGACAGAAUGCCAUCGACACCAGCUGCAAGAUCGUCAUCAGUAGCCCCUCCGAAGAAUUCCUCGGCGGUUGGACAAUGCUAACUCCCCGCCAACCGAAUACACUGCGCACACUGCCCUUCGAAGAGUCCGUCCUCCUGCUCACCGACGCUGCAGUAUACAGCUGCCGCUUCGACUGGGAGACUGACAAGGUACUCUCAUUCGAGCGGAUUGACCUCCGCUCUGUCUCCCGCAUUUACUACGGCACAUACAUCACCUCCAUCCUGACUGACAGCCAGUCAGACGAGCGUAGCAACGUCGGUUUAGUCAUCGUCUACCGCGACGGUGACGCUAACGCCCUCCGCGUCAACACUCGCUCUUUGCAAUCCAACGUGCGCCCUUCCACCCUCGAAGCUACAGCCAGCUCCAACGGUGAAUGGGAUCUCGUCUCCUGGCUACGCGGCAGCAAGCGUGCCACCACCCGCUUCGUCGCUUUCAAAUCCCUACCAGCAAAGAACGCCCUGGCUAGCCCGCGUCUCGGGCCCAUGACAGGUGCCAUCAACGUGCGGGAGCUGGACCGGGUGCGUUCUAUUUGUCUGGAUAUUGAACGCGCGCUGUUGGCGGGUGAAGGGCAGAAUAUAGAAGCUGCGUCUGUGGUGGAGCAAUCGGAUAUUAUCUCGUUGGCAGAGGCGAAGAAGAGGACCGGGAUUUUGGAAUAUUUGGUUUAUGAUAUCAAGAAGAUGGUUUGGGCUUAA